GGGUGUGUUCCUCUGAGCCGUAAAGAUAGACGUCGGGCCAGCAGAUAGAGAUAGAAGGGUGUGUGGCUUAAAGAGAGACAGGCGGGUUUAGCUCAAUGAUGUGAAACAACAUUUGAGAAGGAAGUUACAUCAGGAUCUGUAUGCUCAGAUAAAUAGCUAAAGGGGAACUUUGCACAACUGCCGUGACUUCAAGGUGGAAUGAGAAAGGACUUGACGAAAAGGCCCCGAAAUAAAUGCAUCUGUUUCAGGGCAUCAGUGUUUGACUGCACUAAAGGAAGAGACUGAGAGGGAACAAGCAACAGAGAAAGAGAGCAGGAACAGAAAACAAGACAGGCGAGAGGCUGCUUUUGUUCAGUGCUAAGACUGUUGCAGAUCUUACUGAAGGCUUCCUGUGUCAGCACCAUGGGAAAGUCAGCCUCGAAGCAGUUUUCUGACGAGGUGCUGCAGUGCCAUAAUGAGUUCAGGAGGACACACCAGGCAUCUUCACUGAAGCUGAGCAGCAAGUUGAGCAAAGAAGCCACCCGCUAUGCUGAAAGUCUGGCUAGCACACGGAUCCUGAAACACAGUGCAGAGUCCAGUAAAGGGAACUUUGGAGAAAACCUGGCGUGGGCUUCCUAUGACCAAUCAGGAAAAGAUGUCACAGACCGCUGGUAUGAUGAAGUGAAACAGUACAACUUCAACCGUCCUGGAUUCUCCUCUGGCACUGGCCAUUUCACAGCAAUGGUGUGGAAGAGCAGUAAUAAGCUGGGAGUCGGUAAGGCCACUGCAUCAGACGGCUCUUCCUUUGUGGUGGCCAGAUACUUCCCCGCUGGGAACAUCACUAACCAGGGACACUUUGAGAACAACGUCCUCCCUGCUCAAUCUACCACCUAAUGAUGUCUAGCCCCAAAAGUGGACUCAAGCCCAAAGGCAUUUAUUCCUUUUUCCAGAAGAAUCUGAAGUGCCUGCACUGAAGGACACUCAGGAGAGCACCACUUAUUGCCUAGUAGAGAUCCAUACCAACAUAAUGUGGAAUUUAAAAGAUGAAAAUAGCUUUGACUUUUAUGAUUUGGAAAGAGACCUCUAUGAUAGUGUUUAGAAUGAACGAACCACUACUGUUUGGCUUUGCUAACAAAACAUUUCAAGUGACUAUGUGGACAGUUUAUAUUUCAAUAACAUUGCCUGUGAAAGUAUUUCAUUCACUAAUGCCAACAUUUCACACACUGAUAAACAUUAUAGCCUCACAUCUGCAUUGGAGUUAGAAUGGAAACCAAGUUGAAUGGACAUGUUUUUUUAAUUUACUUGUGGUGUCAUUGCUUGUAAUUUAACAUCAUGACUCAACAUGCUUGGUACGAGUUUUUCUCAUGGCCAUUACUUAUCAAAGCAGUCCUGGGGACAUUUGUUUUGUACUAGAACCAGUUUUGUAAAAUACAGUUGAUAAACUGUCAGAAAUGCAUUUAGCAUCUCUCUGGGAACUCUUGUGUCAUCCGUACUGUGUGACAUUAUACGAGAUAGAAAAACAGAACCAAAGGUGAGAUCUCCGUCUGGCACAGUGCUGGUUAAUGUUAACUCUGUGUAAUAUGAUAAAUAUAGAAACGUUUUAGUAAAUGUAAGCAGUUGUAUACAUAUUAAUGAAUUAAUGUUUUCAAGGUUUAUAUUAAAGGUCUGAAUCAUUGUGAGAUUUGCAUAAUCCCAAAAAGAAUUAGCAGUGCAGUAUUUUUUUUAUAUCAGUAGCACAUUUUCCUUUAAAAAGCAAUUACUAGAAAUCUUGUUUUCCUUGCUUAUUGCCUGACCCUUGGCAUAAUGAAAUAGCAACCCAACCUUUUUUCACGUGAAGAGUUUGAGAAAAAGAUAGAAAAUAAGCCUUCUAUGUGUUUUCAAUUUCUCAUAUUUUAGGAAAACACAGUCCUGUUAACCCUUAACAUUAGCAUAAAUAUGAGCAUAAAACUAAAUACGUUAUUAGUCAAUUAAGAUGAAUUACAUUUACAUUUUUACCUAUAUUGUCACUAAGUUUGAUUGAGCAGGUUCCAAUUCUGUGAUUAAGGUUGCUUUUUUUUUUUUCAUUUGAAUCCCGUGUGUCAUUGUUCAGAUCGAAACAUUUUAAACAACUGAUGGUUUUAUGUAUGAUAUGUCAACUAUUUUUUGUACAGAUGUAUAGGUGCUAAUACUGAAAAUGCUGGUAGUUUUAAUCCUAUGCCUUUUGAAUUUGAAGAAUAUGAAAGGCUUUACUGCUCCGUUUGUAAAAACAAGUUUCAACAAAACAAGUUUCAACAAAACAUAACACUGUUACCCCUUCAGUGAAAUUAAUAUUGCAAUGCAGUCAAGAGCCCACAUUGGAACCGACUUUAUUUAGCAGAUAUUGGGGAUGCAACAUACAGUAGCAGCGAUACAGAAGAGUCAGUGGCGUUUAGGCUUUAUAGGCUGGAGGAGGGGGGUCAGGAGUAAAAUCGUUCUCACCACUCACAUGGUCAGCUCCUGCAUGGAAAAAGGAGAGAAAGAUAGAGAAUGAGGUGGUUGGAGAAAAACUAUCAUGAAUAAAAAGGUUACGUUGGAAACAAAACGUG